GUAGCAGCAGUUGUAGCUGCCACAGUGGCACCAGCAGCAACAGUAGCAGGAGCAGUAACAGUGGCAAGAGAAGGAGCGGUAGCUAUAGCUGUAACUGCAGCUGUAGCAGAAGCCGUAGGAGUUUCUGGAGCAGCAAAAGCAGUGUCAGCAGCAGGAGUAGCAUCAGGAGUAGUAGAAAUAGCUAUAGUAGGACCAAUUUAAAUAGGAGUAGCAGCAGUUGUUCCCGCAGCAGUAGCAAAGUAGCCGCAGUAGCAGCAGCAAUAAGUUUGCCAGACAUUUGCGAUGCUUGCAAAGAUCUCGCGAAACGUGGCUAAAACAUAUAUCCAAGUACACUGAGCGAAAAAAAAGCAUGACCGAUGUGUCAGCCGCAACAGACGGCGCCGGCGAAAUACCAAAUACUGAGGCGCCACUUGGGCCGGCGACCUUAACAACAACGACAACAACAGGAGCUGCUCCAACAGGAGCAGCAGCAACAGAAGCAGCAGCAACAGGAGCGGCAGCAACAGCAGUUUUAGCAAUGUCGUCAACAAAACCACUAACCAAUGGUGCCAACAAGAUCCCACAAACGGCAACAGUAGCUGCAACAACAACAGCAACAGCUGCAACAGUAGCUGCAACAACAGCAGCAACCACAAGCAAUCAAGCCAAAUUGGAGCGUCACUUGCCGAGUAACAACAAUCAACAUGCAGUCGCAGAAAUGUUGCCACGGGUCUCCUCCACGGAGACGACGCCAUCUGCGGCAACCUGCGCUUCGAGUCCCGUGGCAAGUUCCAGUGCCAGUUGCAGCAAGUCCGAUGUGGACGAGGUCGCUCGCCUGUUCGAGGAGAAGCCCGAGGCCUUUGAGAAAUGGCUAACGGAACGUGCACCGCCAGAGGCGCUGAGUCGCCUCCACGACUACAUUGAGAGCCGCAAGACGUUGCACAAGCGUCCCUCUGUCACAUCCGAUUUGUUUCAACAGUGGAUGGCCACGCCCACCCUGCAACAGAAGUCACCGCGCCGACUGUCCAAUUCAUCGGUGCAGGCACUGCCAGAGGGUCGACGGCAUUUAAUGGAUUUGGAUGAGGGUGAUCUGUUCAUGGAGCUGAUACGGGAUGUGGCCAAUGAGCUGGACAUCGAUGUGCUCUGCCACAAGAUAUUGGUCAACGUUGGUCUGCUAACCCAUGCGGAUCGCGGUUCCCUCUUCCUUGCCAAGGGCACGCCCAACAACAAGUAUCUGGUGGCCAAACUGUUUGACGUCACACAAAAGACAGCACUCAAGGAUGCGGUGACUCGUGCACGAGCCGAGGAGAUAAUCAUACCGUUUGGCAUUGGCAUCGCUGGCAUGGUUGCCCAGACAAAGGAGAUGAUUAACAUCAAGGAGGCGUACCAGGAUGUGCGCUUCAAUUGUGAAAUCGAUCAGAAGACGGGCUACAAAACGAACGCCAUACUCUGCAUGCCCAUUUGCAAUUACGAAGGCGACAUCAUUGGCGUCGCACAAAUCAUCAAUAAGACCAAUGGUUGCAUGGAGUUCGAUGAGCACGAUGUGGAAAUCUUUCGCAGAUAUUUGACAUUCUGUGGCAUUGGCAUACAGAAUGCUCAGCUCUUUGAAAUGUCCGUCCAGGAAUAUAGACGCAAUCAAAUCCUUUUGAAUCUGGCGCGCAGCAUUUUCGAGGAGCAAAACAAUCUCGAGUGUCUCGUCACCAAAAUCAUGACAGAGGCACGCGAGCUGCUCAAAUGUGAACGCUGCUCGGUGUUCCUUGUGGAUCUCGACUGCUGUGAGGAGAGCCAUUUGGAGAAGAUAAUUGAGAAGCCCCAUCAGCAGGAGCAGCGCACCAUGCGCGCCAUUAAAGGCGGCGAUAGUUUCGAGGAGCAGCAAAAGAUGCGAAAUCGUUUCACCGUCCUCUUCGAGCUGGGCGGUGAAUAUCAGGCGGCGAAUGUCUCCCGGCCCUCGAUCAAUGAACUGAGCCACUCGACACUGGCGCAAAUCGCCCAAUUUGUGUCCACCACCGGGCAGACGGUGAACAUCUGCGAUGUCCACGAGUGGGUGAGGGAUCACAAUCAGAUACGGGAUAGCGAAAUCGAUAGCACCCAUGCCAUACUCUGUAUGCCGAUUGUGAAUGCCCAGAAGACGGUGAUUGGCGUAGCUCAGCUAAUCAACAAGGCGAACGGUUUACCCUUCUCCGAAUCGGAUGUGUCGAUAUUCGAGGCAUUUGCCAUAUUCUGUGGCCUGGGCAUCCACAACACGCAGAUGUACGAGAACGCCUGCAAGCUGAUGGCCAAGCAGAAGGUGGCGCUGGAGUGUCUCAGCUACCAUGCGACGGCUAGCCAGGAUCAAACAGAGAAACUCACCCAGGAUCCCAUUGCCGAGGCCGAGUCCUAUAACUUGUACAGCUUCACCUUUACGGAUUUUGAUCUGGUUGACGAUGACACUUGUCGUGCUGUGCUGCGCAUGUUUAUGCAAUGCAAUCUGGUCUCACAAUUUCAUAUACCCUACGAUGUUCUCUGUCGCUGGGUGUUGAGUGUGCGGAAGAAUUAUCGACCCGUCAAAUAUCAUAAUUGGCGGCAUGCUUUGAAUGUGGCUCAAACCAUGUUUGCCAUGUUGAAGACGGGCAAAAUGGAACGGUUUAUGACAGAUCUGGAGAUAUUGGGUCUGUUGGUGGCCUGUUUAUGCCACGAUCUGGAUCAUCGCGGCACCAACAAUGCCUUCCAGACCAAAACUGAAUCACCUCUAGCUAUUUUAUACACAACCAGCACCAUGGAGCAUCAUCACUUCGAUCAGUGUGUCAUGAUUCUGAACUCUGAGGGCAACAACAUAUUCCAGGCACUUUCGCCCGAAGAUUAUCGAUGUGUAAUGAAGACUGUUGAGAGCGCUAUACUUUCCACCGAUUUGGCAAUGUAUUUUAAGAAGCGCAACGCUUUUCUCGAACUAGUCGAAAACGGCGAGUUCGACUGGCAGGGCGAGGAGAAAAAGGAUUUGCUUUGUGGCAUGAUGAUGACAGCGUGCGAUGUGAGCGCCAUAGCAAAACCGUGGGAAGUACAACAUCGUGUUGCCAAACUUGUUGCCGAUGAGUUCUUCGAUCAGGGCGAUCUCGAGAAGCUGCAACUGAACACACAGCCAGUGGCCAUGAUGGAUAGGGAACGCAAGGAUGAGCUGCCCAAAAUGCAGGUGGGUUUCAUCGAUGUGAUCUGCUUGCCGCUCUACCGCGUGCUGUGUGACACCUUCCCGUGGAUAACGCCGCUGUACGAGGGCACGCUGGAGAAUCGACGCAAUUGGCAGGAUUUGGCGGAGAAAGUGGAGAUGGGUCUGACAUGGAUAGAUCACGAUACGAUUGAUAAGCCGGUGGAGGAGUUUGCCGGCUGUGCGGAUGAGGAGAUCAAAGACAUUGAGUUCACGGUGACAACGCUCAAUUGCAAUCAGCAAUCGCAGUCGCAGUCGCAAUCGCAGUCGCAGUCACAGCAUGGCGGCGACGAUAUCCAUACGCCGGAACAUCAGCGGAGCAGUGGCUCCAGAUUAAGCAUCAAGAAGACAGGCGCAUUGGGCAAAGUGGUGCGUUCCAAGCUAUCGAAGACGCUGUACAACAGCAUGGAUGGCUCCAAGCCGAAGACAUCGCUCAAACUGCUCGAAUCGCAUGUCAGCGAGGAUAUGGACGACAAGAGUCCGACAAGUCCAUCCCAGCCGCAUUCGGGCAGUGUGGGUCGCAUGUCUGCUUCCUCGUCCACAUCCUCGGCGGGCACCGUUGACAAGACCAAGAAACGUUCCAAGCUCUGCGCUCUCUUAUGACGAAAGCCAUCCAAUUAGAAUUUGGUGACCCCCUCCACAUCUGCUGCGGCCGGCAGUGAGACUGACAAAGCCCCAGCAGGAGGGGGGCUGACCGAUUUCUAAUUCUACACCCCACAAACCACAAACGAAACCGAAUCCGAAACCAAAACCCAAACCGGGCUGGACAGUGUGCUUAGCAACGGAAUGCCAGCCAAACAAUCCUACAAUCCUGUAACAAAAAAACAAAGAAAAAGAACUUGAACUAACUAACUAAUGCUGUAACUAGUCUACACCCGGACAAAAGAAAAAUCGGUCUGAAUUUUAGAAAUUCGUCUUACUUUACGCGCCAAGCAUGACUAACUUUGUUAUUCAAAAAGUAUAUUUCCAUAAACCAAGGUUUUUCUUUGAUUAUUUUCGGGCUGCAUUUUUCCAAAACUUAUCAAAAGUUGAUCUAAUUU